AAGUUGAUCAGUCUGCUGUGGAACUUCAGCCGAGAAAGUCGUGCUAAUUACACGCAAAGGUUAUUAUUUGCGCCGGCACGCACGGGAUACUUCUCUCUCUCUUUUUUUUUUUUUUUCCUUUUUUUUUUUUUCUUCCCCCCUCCGUUUCAUUAAUGUGCUUUUUGCUCCUGUCGUUUAAAUGACAUAGCAACACCCUUGGAUAAAGACUCUUAAAAUCGGAUUAUCUGAUUGAGGCAUUGUGUUCAUUAGAGCACUUUUCCCCCCCCACCUCCACCUCCUCCACCACCACCUCCACCUCCACCACCACCACCUCGGGCAGACAGAAUUAAAAACGCCCGGAAGAUGUUCGGGACUCUUUGCCUCUUGUUGACGGUCCUGUCGGGGCCGUCCGGCGGCUGGGGCUCGUACGUGCCGUGCGAGCCGUGCGACGACAAGGCGAUGUCCAUGUGUCCGCCGAUCCCGGGCGGCUGCCAGCUGGUCAAGGAGCCCGGCUGCGGCUGCUGCCUGACGUGCGCGCUGUCCGAGGGCCAGGCGUGCGGCGUCUACACGGGGACGUGCGCGCAGGGUCUCCGCUGCCUGCCCCGCAGCGGCGAGGAGAAGCCCCUGCACGCCCUCCUCCACGGCAGGGGGAUGUGCACCAACGAGAAGGGCUACAAACCGGCGCACCCGCCGAUAGAUCGCGAGUCCCGAGAACACGAGGACGCCAUGGCCACAGAGAUUACAGAGGAGCUGCAGCCAGCUAAAGUUCCCCUCCUGACCAAAGACAUUGUCAACAGUAAAAAAGUCCACGCGAUGCGUAAGGAGUUUAAGAGGAAGCAGGGAAAGCAGCGCUCCAUGGGCUCCCCCAUGGACUACUCUCCUCUGCCCAUUGACAAACACGAACCUGAAUUUGGACCCUGCAGGAGAAAACUUGAUGGGAUCAUUCAGGGAAUGAAGGACACUUCUCGAGUCAUGGCUCUGUCUUUGUACCUUCCCAACUGUGACAGAAAAGGUUUCUUCAAACGCAAGCAAUGCAAGCCCUCCCGUGGCCGCAAACGGGGCAUCUGUUGGUGCGUGGACAAGUACGGCGUUCAACUCCCCGGAACAGACUACAGUGGCGGAGACAUUCAGUGUAAAGACCUGGAGAGCAGCACUAACAACAAUGAGUAGAGCAGCAAAAUGGACCACAAUCAUCCCCAAACUCCACAUGACCCCCGGACCCACAUUUCCUCUCUGAAUUACACCUUUAAUCUCCCCUCACUUCAAGAGUUAUUUCAGAUUUUUAGGUAGAAUUAAAAAAAAAAAAAAGGACCAGGAUUAAAAAGACUUUUUGUUUUUGACCAAACACUCAUCUCUAAACGAGGGGGAGGGAGUCCAAGAAUCCCUUUUUGAGCAGAUCUUUUGACGACGGCGCACGUGGGGACCCCCCUUUGUGCAAGCUGCAUAUUGAUUAAAACAUAUGCACGUUUUUGUUUUUAAGAACCGGGGGCUCUCUGUGAAGCAGAUGUAUUCAUAUACAUUGAUGUUGUAAAAACGAAGCAAAAUUCAUUGUGAAGACAAAACAAGAGGGCAAGUCGGUUGAAUUAUUUACAAUUGGAUCUUUUAAUUGGUUGAGAUUUUUUUUCUCAAAUCAAUCGCAACUGGACUGUUUGGUUUCCCUUAGAAGGCGUUUCGCCUCUCAUCCGAGGAGGCUUCGUCGGUUCAUGCUCAGACUUAGAUUGGUCCGAUCUGGUCUUAGACUGGCAGUGGGAAGGGGAUUCCUACGGCCCCAUUCGUCACGGUUCACCCGACGAUUUGAGGGGGGGGUGCGAUAUCCAAUCUAGCCACCAGAUGGCAGUAAAAUGUGUUUUCUGGCAAUUCCAACUUUGACCACGGCCUCAGUUCUAUCAUUUUUAGCAGACCGCAUUGCAAAAUGAUUAAACCCUCAUGCGAGAGCCACCCAGGAAUGGGGCCGUACGGAUCCUUUCCCUACUGAAGAUCGGUCAGAUCUAGUCUAGUAGCUGGUGCCAAAAACUCCCAACACAAGGAGGCUGUGCCUCGGCAAGGGUGGUUCCGCCCUAUUGUAGUGGAAAAGAGCCAGCGGCGGUAGUUCAAGCGGAAUUGCAUUGGAGGUAUCGUGUGGCGGAACGAUCCCUACAAGCCCAAAAUCCGUCGGAAUCACCCACCUUAGCGUUCCAUUCAGUUGUAAGAAAAUGGUCCAGUUGCGAUCGGUUGAACGCCCCCGAGAGUACCUUGACCUGGAUGAACGAGAACAUCCGUAGACAUGUUGAGCUUUUUGUGUUACCUGAGACAGGGAUGUGCUGCACCAGUUCUAUGGGUAUGUGGUUCUGUCAGAGCACUUAUUAAAACAGGGCAAUCUCCUUCGGCGUAUAACUUCACAAAAAAUAAAGUGUGCUCGAAUGCAUGUAUGUUUACAGUGCGAAUGUGUGAUGUGUGUAUUAGCCUGCUUUGGUGUAUAAUAGAGUGAGCCUAUAUACAAAAAAAGAAUGUCAUUUUUCGUUUUUUUCUCUCGUUUGAUUUUUGUCACAAGUACUGCUAGCGCCUGAGGUGGUUUAUCGAGACCGUCCUUCUCUCUCUUUCUCUCUCUCUCUCUCUCGUGUAAAAUAUGUUCGACGUGGAGCGUUUGGCGACAAAGGAGGAAUCGGAUCGUUACGGAUGGAUUUAUGUAAGUGGCUCUUUGACGAUGUAGCUAGCCUGAUAUGCCAACUGUGCCUAUUUGCGACCGAGCCGAGGGCGGGUGCGCGGACUUACAGUAGGGAAGGGGAUUCAUACCGCCCCCAUUUGUCGCGACGAAUCUUAGAGUGUGGCCGUUCCAACUUUGACCAUUGAAAAACGAUUCCCCCUUAGGAAUCCCCUCCCUACUGUAACCGGUGGGAUAAAGCGACACUUGUCGCCGAAACUUUGACCUUUUUGACUUGGGUGCACGAAUCAAACUUCCCGAGUCCGGCCGGUUUGCGUCUCGGAUUCGGUCGUGCGAGGAGUCAGUUUUGUUUGAGCUGUUAUUUUUGCCUUCAGUGAAGUACAGACAGCCCGCAUUUUUGAGCCAUUAUAUCAAGUGGUUUCCACUUAGUACUUCAGUGUAAUCGCGGUGUAUUGUAAUAUAGUCAUUUAAUUGUAUUCUUUCCUACAAAGGCGACGUUUGGCAGAAGCUAUCUACCCGGUUACAACAAACGGUCUUGGCAAAAGUCCCAGUGCCUUCCAAUAUGCAAAUACAAUUAAUGUGAUGCAACAAUGACACAGGUCCCAUCUUUGUUCAUACUGUAUAGCCCCUUCACAAGAACUGACACUACCUAUAGUGACCACGUCGUUCUUGGUCGGUGUCGUAGUUUCUCAAGGCUAUUCCGAACGUGUGAACCGCAGUCUGUUGAACCUCCAUGUGCUCGUUGUUUCCUAGUCGAUAAGCUAAGAUUUUUUUUUUGUAAGCUCGUUUUGUUUUUUUGAAUACCAAUGUAUAUGAUUGCCAGGCAAGGGACUUCAAAGGAUUUUUGUUUGAGGAAACAAUUCUCUCUGCAAAAUUCAAAAAAAGGCAUCCGGUUUUGAUUCUGUUAUCAAGACACUGCCCCCACUCCCAGUACCCAACCCCAUCUGCCACUUUCAAAAAAAAAAAGCAGCUUGCACUUAUUUCAAGUACUCACUAUUGAUCAAUGACAAUGACCUAAGAUGUAGUAAAAUGAAGUCAGUAGAAGAAAAAAAAAAUAAAAAAAAUCUUAAUGUUGUUUAAUAUUGUGCUUACCUUUUAAAGGUUGAUAUUUUGUUGACAGGGGCUCUGCAGCCCAUGCCUGGGACCUCCACUACAGAAAUUUAGAACAGAUGAACUCAGCCUCAGGUGUUCUUAAAGCGUCUUUUACAGAGAUGAGCGUUCAGAUGCAUCGGUCGAGGGGCUGUUUUUUUUUGAGAGGCAUGUCACAUUGGGAAGAACGACCCCCUUGUACAGUGGAUAUAUUCAGGGUCUAGCCACUUCCCCUACAUGGGGUCAGCAACUACAUCCCGGCAGGCACAAGACAUUGAAACAACGGCGAGAACGGUGUCGAACUAGGUCCUGACGUUGAGCAAAAGUCAAACAUAUCGUUGAAACAACGGGCUUUUUGACAAAUGUUUAGUCAAGGUUGGGUUCUGACGUUGAUUUGACCGUUGAAUUGAACGAAUAUUCUACAACACAAAUACGACGUUGAAACAACAUGCUUUUUGACAACGUCAAUGUCAGGUUGUGAUGCUGAUUUGACCAGUGAAGUCUGGUAAUUUUCCAACCAAUAACAUGGAUCCAACGUUGUCUCACUUUACAUACACAACUGUUUUUUGGAACGUUGUUUCCAAGUCAGUUUUAAAGGACAUAAUCAACGUUGUGUCAAUGUUUUGUGUCUGCUGGGAUAUCAUUAGAUACAGUUAGUCAGUUAUCAGGAGUCAAGACAUCUGUGGAAUGACCUACUACAGCCAGGGUUGCAUUUUAAAGAAUAAACGACAGUGGCACAAACACGUUUGUCUAGGGCCACAAGCCCUAGAACACAACCUAGAUCAGAACACGUCCAAGUCAAGUCUGUUGAUAUAUUCGAUAAGCUUUGGAGAGUUCGAUUUGAUCAGAACUUACCAAGCCAAACCAAACAGAAUGGUUAUUUCACAUGAAUGCCUCCGACUGGUUGUAUUUGGUGGGUUCCUCAGGUGUGCCUUGCAACUCCUUCUUGGUUUUAACUCACUCUACAUACACUACGUAGUACAGUAACUGCAGGCUUUUCUGAGUACAUAACACAGUCUGGAUGUAAUAAAACAGCACAAUUGGGUAUCAAUAUUUGGUGUUCUCUGGAUUGUGAAAAAAGAUCCAUAUGUGUCUGGAGGAUGGGGAGGAAUUGAAAUGGUCAGUGUUUGGAACGGCAUGAGACAAAUAAGAAUAAAACAACAAAAAAAAUCAAAUUAUUAAAGUGAAUAUCACUGUGUAAUAUUUAUUCAACUUGUAAUUUAUAUGUACUCUUUUAACCUUUGUCUUUUUGUUAUGACAAAGCAUUUAUUUAAAUAAAGUUAUGUAUUCAUUUAUUCACUAUCUGCU